AUGAAAGUGGCGCGCUGGCUGCCAUGCAUUCUUGUGCAGCUGGCAGCGGGCAGUCCUUGUGAUGACCGAUAUGCUGCUUGGGUAACAGAUCGGGAGGCUUUCCAGCGAAAAGAUGAGCCACGCCACCUCUCGGGUUUGCAUAUUGUUUGCGUCUGGAAGGAGGCGGGGAGGCUGCGUUUGGAAGCACACAUGAAUGGCGUGCUCGAGAAGGAUCCACUUCGCUCAGACCUCGAUGAGGCGCUGAGUCUCGACUGGGGGCAAUUCAGGAAUUCCCUGCAAGGGGCCCUUCGCUUCACCAAGGCAACUUACGAAUGGGGGAACUUCCACCUGAAGCAGCCCUACGGAAUUUUCGCCGAAACAGGCCGCCGCUUGCGCUCGGGAACGGAGGUGCUUGAUGCUGGUCUGGUGCUGGUGGUGGAGGGCGGGCAGUGGUUCUGGCCACCCGUGCGAAUUGGAUAUGUGCGCCAACUGCCUGGCACUCCAUACAUGCUUGAAACUGUGUCCGUGCAGCCGGUGCUUUUUCGGGUACGCGGAUUCUUGCGUGAGGAGGAGUGCAGGGUGAUCAUCGACAUGGCGGCUCCCAACAUGUCGGAUUCAGACGUUGUCCAAACAGAGAAACAUUACAGGGAGAAUGACACGGACUUGCGGACAAGCACGCAAGCCCGCUUGCACAGUUCAGUCAAUCCUUUGCUCCAGGAGUUGGACCUCCGCAUCAGCAACCUCACCCGCGUGGACGUCGCCCACAACGAGGAGGUCCAGGUGCUCAGAUACCGCUCGAAGGAGUUCUACGCUGCCCACACGGACAACUUUGAUCCGAAGUACUACGAAAAUACGGACUUCAUCGACAAAGGCCACAGGAACAGGCUAUUGACCGUCUUCUGGUAUUUGACAAACGUCUCCAAAGGCGGCGAGACCUUGUUUCCACGUGCAGAUGGCUUGCCGCCUCCCAAGGACAUGCGCAGCUGUGAGCGGGGCCUCAAGGUUCGGCCAGAGGUUGGGGCGGUGAUACUAUGGUAUUCUUUGCGCCCGAAUGGCAACGGGGACCCGAACGGCCUGCAUGCCGCCUGCCCGGUUGAAGAUGGCGAGAAAUGGUCUGCCAAUUACUGGGUGUGGAACAAGCCGCGCGACCUUCUGAUCAGUUUGCCUGACGCGGACGUGGAUGAGGAGUAUCAUGGCGAGCAGCCAGUGACCAGCAACCAUGUCAGCGCAACGUUUCGAAAUGAACACCCCUUUCCCGUAUACCUGUUUUGGAAGCCACCUCAUCAAGCACGAGAGGCAUUUAUGGGGGAGAUCUCCCCGCAGGCAGCUGUCAGCGCGCAGACAUUCCCCUUGCACACUUGGCAUAUCCGGAUGGGCGCCGACCCGUCCAGCGAGCUUGUCGCCGUCCAGGAGAUUGCAGACCAGCCCGAGCAGGUGUUUGUUCUGUCCAGUGGAUCUGGGCCUGAUGAGUUGUAG